AUGGGCACAGACCUGAGAAUCGCCCAGGCAAUUGGGACGCUUGGCUGUGCAAUGGCAGCAAGCGGAAUUGCUUCAUUGUCGAUCAUGAGCAUUCCCAACAUCCUCAUUCCAGAGCGUCGCCCGCCCGGUGCGACACUGCCAUUCGAAGACACCCCAGGAACCCCGACCGCCCACUUGACACACCAGUGGUUUGAUUUGUAUGAUCGCGGCAGCAAGAUUUUCCCCGGUAUCUCCGCAGUAUCUUCCCUUGCAAACCUUUAUGCGCUCUGGGAAUUGCGGGACUCUCCUACCCCUGUUUUGGGUUUCUUUGGGUCCAACUGGACCACAUGCUAUCUGGCCGCUGUGGGCGUUACGAUGAGCAUUGUACCUUUCACUUUGACAGCUAUGAAGAAGACGAAUGCCAAACUCAAGGCUCACGCAAAGCGCGAUGAUGCGGCUGGCGCUGAGGGCACUGAAGGCAUGGUGGUUAGUCCGCAGGAGAAGGCGAAGCGGGCUAGGGAUGAUGGCGAGGUGGUUAAACUUGUGCAGCAUUGGGCGAAAUUGAAUCUGAUCAGGGCUAUGCUACCACUUGUUGGGGCUGGCAUUGGGUUCUAUGCUGCUGUAUCCAGCUGGGCAAUUCCUUGA